AUGAGCGACCCGUAUUUCCGCGAGUACCGCGCCGGCGACUACAUCAACAUUCACACCGACGUGGUCCGCCAGAGGCAAAACGUCAGGCGGCGACUGUGCUUCAACUACUGGACGCCUUCGCCAGGCUGGGACUCCGCGUGGGGAGGGAGCUUCGUUUGGUGCGGCGGGUUCGUGAAGAGGCCAGGGGGAGGCGGUGCCUUCCCCGCGGCGUUCCGCGCGCCCACGCGCUACAACCAGGUGGGCAUGUUCGUUCCGUCGGAGGACUCGCGGCACUUUGUCGACCGGGUGAGCGACGCAGCGGAUCCGUCUCACCACCGCUUCUCUUUCACCUCCUGGCUUGAGGACACCACGCCUCCACCGGGGUCUGAGGAGCUCUGA